GUUUUGAUGAAAUCAAAAAUUCUUAAAACUGAUUAAAUUUUUGAUAUUUUACAGCUUUCCAAUCCCAAUUAUGAUAGUCCAAUGAAUUUUAGAGAAUUGAAUGACUCUAUUGAAAUAUAUUUUAAUACUGAAGAAAAGAAGACAGAAAUAGAAAUCAUAAAAUACCUAAAUAAUAUGGGAAUCUAAACUAAAACAGAUCCUCUUUAGAAAGAAUAAGAGUAUUGGAAAAGGAAAAAAUUAGAAACUUAACAAAAAAUGUUAUCAAUUUUAUGUUUAACUGAGUCAACAUAAUCUCUAACAAUGAAUGGGUAUGCAUCGAAGUUACUUCAUCAUAGAAUGUCCUAAUCUUCUUUUGAAGCAAGGAUGAUCAAUAAUACUUCUACUAUGAUUAUAGAAUGA